AUGCGAGAAGAGGACUCCUCCCCGAUGGACAGUGCGGGAAACAGCGAGGAGGAGACCGACCGUCAGCUGCCGCGCAGAGGGGCGAGGAAGAGGCGAGCGGCCCGGAGGAGCGCGGACGAGGAGGAAGAUGGGGACCUGGAGAGUCCGAACCCCGGGAAGAAGAAAUGCAGGAAGAGUUGCGACGGUGGAGGAGGCAGCGCUGGGAGCGGCGGCAGUGAAGGCAGCAGCAGCCCAGAGCCCUCCUUCGAUGACCUACACACACAGCGCGUAAUGGCCAACAUCCGCGAGAGGCAACGGACGCAGUCCCUCAACGAGGCAUUCACGUCGUUACGUAAGAUUAUUCCUACCCUCCCGUCGGACAAACUCAGCAAGAUUCAGACAUUGAAGCUGGCGGCCCGGUACAUCGAUUUCCUGUGCCAAGUUCUGCAGAGCGACGAGUUGGAAGCGCGAGGGACCAGCUGCAGCUACGUGGCGCACGAGCGCUUGAGUUACGCGUUCUCGGUCUGGAGGAUGGGGGGCUCGUGGUCCCUGUCUACUACGUCCCACUAG